AUGCCUCAUAUCCCGCUGACACCUCGAGAGGCACGCGGAGUUUACUGCUUCAAAAGGCACAAGACGUAUGCCAACUUCCCAGAAGCACCUCAGGAGGAGGCUUCUCUCAGCAAUAGGCUCAAGACGUAUGCCAAAUUUCCAGAAGCACCUCAGGAGGAGGCUUCUCUCAACAAUAGGUUCAAGACGUAUGCCAACUUUCCAGAAGCACCUCAGGAAGAAGCUUCUCUCAGCAAUAGGCUCAAGACGUAUGCCAACUUUCCAGAAGCACCUCAGGAGGAGGCUUCUCUCAGCAAUAGGCUCAAGACGUAUGCCAACUUUCCAGAAGCACGUCAGGAGGAGGCUUCUCUCAGCAAUAGGUUCAAGACAUAUGCCAAGUUUCCAGAAGCACCUCAGGAGGAGGCUUCUCUCAGCAAUAGGCUCAAGACGUAUGCCAACUUUCCAGAAGCACCUCAGGAGGAGGCUUCUCUCAGCAAUAGGCUCAAGACAUAUGCCAAGUUUCCAGAAGCACCUCAGGAGGAGGCUUCUCUCAGCAAUAGGCUCAAGACGUAUGCCAAAUUUCCAGAAGCACCUCAGGAGGAGGCUUCUCUCAACAAUAGGCUCAAGACGUAUGCCAACUUUCCAGAAGCACCUCAGGAGGAGGCUUCUCUCAGCAAUAGGCUCAAGACGUAUGCCAACUUUCCAGAAGCACCUCAGGAGGAGGCUUCUCUCAGCAAUAGGCUCAAGACGUAUGCCAACUUCCCAGAAGCACCUCAGGAGGAGGCUUCUCUCAGCAAUAGGCUCAAGACGUAUGCCAACUUCCCAGAAGCACCUCAGGAGGAGGCUUCUCUCAGCAAUAGGCUCAAGACGUAUGCCAAAUUUCCAGAAGCACCUCAGGAGGAGGCUUCUCUCAACAAUAGGCUCAAGACGUAUGCCAACUUUCCAGAAGCACCUCAGGAGGAGGCUUCUCUCAGCAAUAGGCUCAAGACGUAUGCCAACUUUACAGAAGCACCUCAGGAGGAGGCUUCUCGCAGCAAUAGGCUCAAGACGUAUGCCAACUUUCCAGAAGCACCUCAGGAGGAGGCUUCUCUCAGCAAUAGGCUCAAGACGUAUGGCAACUUUCCAGAAGCACCUCAGGAGGAGGCUUCUCUCAGCAAUAGGCUCAAGACAUAUGCCAAGUUUCCAGAAGCACCUCAGGAGGAGGCUUCUCUCAGCAAUAGGCUCAAGACGUAUGCCAAAUUUCCAGAAGCACCUCAGGAGGAGGCUUCUCUCAACAAUAGGCUCAAGACGUAUGCCAACUUUCCAGAAGCACCUCAGGAGGAGGCUUCUCUCAGCAAUAGGCUCAAGACGUAUGCCAACUUUCCAGAAGCACCUCAGGAGGAGGCUUCUCUCAGCAAUAGGCUCAAGACGUAUGCCAACUUCCCAGAAGCACCUCAGGAGGAGGCUUCUCUCAGCAAUAGGCUCAAGACGUAUGCCAACUUUCCAGAAGCACCUCAGGAGGAGGCUUCUCUCAGCAAUAGGCUCAAGACGUAUGCCAACUUCCCAGAAGCACCUCAGGAGGAGGCUUCUCUCAGCAAUAGGCUCAAAACGUAUGCCAACUUUCCAGAAGCACCUCAGGAGGAGGCUUCUCUCAGCAAUAGGCUCAAGACGUAUGCCAAAUUUCCAGAAGCACCUCAGGAGGAGGCUUCUCUCAACAAUAGGCUCAAGACGUAUGCCAACUUUCCAGAAGCACCUCAGGAGGAGGCUUCUCUCAGCAAUAGGCUCAAGACGUAUGGCAACUUUCCAGAAGCACCUCAGGAGGAGGCUUCUCUCAGCAAUAGGCUCAAGACAUAUGCCAAGUUUCCAGAAGCACCUCAGGAGGAGGCUUCUCUCAGCAAUAGGCUCAAGACGUAUGCCAACUUUACAGAAGCACCUCAGGAGGAGGCUUCUCGCAGCAAUAGGCUCAAGACGUAUGCCAACUUUCCAGAAGCACCUCAGGAGGAGGCUUCUCUCAGCAAUAGGCUCAAGACAUAUGCCAAGUUUCCAGAAGCACCUCAGGAGGAGGCUUCUCUCAGCAAUAGGCUCAAGACGUAUGCCAACUUUCCAGAAGCACCUCAGGAGGAGGCUUCUCUCAGCAAUAGGCUCAAGACGUAUGCCAACUUUCCAGAAGCACCUCAGGAGGAGGCUUCUUUCAGCAAUAGGCUCAAGACGUAUGCCAACUUUCCAGAAGCACCUCAGGAGGAGGCUUCUCUCAACAAUAGGCUCAAGACGUAUGCCAACUUUCCAGAAGCACCUCAGGAGGAGGCUUCUCUCAGCAAUAGGCUCAAGACGUAUGCCAACUUUCCAGAAGCACCUCAGGAGGAGGCUUCUCUCAGCAAUAGGUUCAAGACGUAUGCCAACUUUCCAGAAGCACCUCAGGAGGAAGCUUCUCUCAGCAGUAGGCUCAAGACGUAUGCCAACUUUCCAGAAGCACCUCAGGAGGAGGCUUCUCUCAGCAAUAGGCUCAAGACGUAUGCCAACUUCCCAGAAGCAACUCAGGAGGAGGCUUCUCUCAGCAAUAGGCUCAAGACGUAUGCCAAAUUUCCAGAAGCACCUCAGGAGGAGGCUUCUCUCAACAAUAGGCUCAAGACGUAUGCCAACUUUCCAGAAGCACCUCAGGAGGAGGCUUCUCUCAGCAAUAGGCUCAAGACGUAUGCCAACUUUCCAGAAGCACCUCAGGAGGAGGCUUCUCUCAGCAAUAGGCUCAAGACGUAUGCCAACUUUCCAGAAGCACCUCAGGAGGAGGCUUCUCUCAGCAAUAGGCUCAAGACAUAUGCCAACUUUCCAGAAGCACCUCAGGAGGAGGCUUCUCUCAGCAAUAGGUUCAAGACGUAUGCCAACUUUCCAGAAGCACCUCAGGAGGAGGCUUCUCUCAGCAAUAGGCUCAAGACGUAUGCCAACUUUCCAGAAGAACCUCAGGAGGAGGCUUCUCUCAGCAAUAGGCUCAAGACGUAUGCCAACUUUCCAGAAGCACCUCAGGAGGAGGCUUCUCUCAGCAAUAGGCUCAAGACGUAUGCCAACUUUCCAGAAGCACCUCAGGAGGAGGCUUCUCUCAGCAAUAGGCUCAAGACGUAUGCCAAAUUUCCAGAAGCACCUCAGGAGGAGGCUUCUCUCAGCAAUAGGCUCAAGACGUAUGCCAACUUUCCAGAAGCACCUCAGGAGGAGGCUUCUCUCAGCAAUAGGCUCAAGACGUAUGCCAAAUUUCCAGAAGCACCUCAGGAGGAGGCUUCUCUCAGCAAUAGGCUCAAGACGUAUGCCAACUUUCCAGAAGCACCUCAGGAGGAGGCUUCUCUCAGCAAUAGGGUCAAGACGUAUGCCAACUUUCCAGAAGCACCUCAGGAGGAGGCUUCUCUCAGAAAUAGGUUCAAGACGUAUGCCAACUUUCCAGAAGCACCUCAGGAGGAAGCUUCUCUCAGCAAUAGGCUCAAGACGUAUGCCAACUUUCCAGAAGCACCUCAGGAGGAGGCUUCUCUCAGCAAUAGGCUCAAGACGUAUGCCAAAUUUCCAGAAGCACCUCAGGAGGAGGCUUGUCUCAACAAUAGGCUCAAGACAUAUGCCAACUUUCCAGAAGCACCUCAGGAGGAGGCUUCUCUCAGCAAUAGGCUCAAGACGUAUGCCAACUUUCCAGAAGCACCUCAGGAGGAGGCUUCUCUCAGCAAUAGGCUCAAGACGUAUGCCAAAUUUCCAGAAGCACCUCAGGAGGAGGCUUCUCUCAGCAAUAGGCUCAAGACGUAUGCCAACUUUCCAGAAGCACCUCAGGAGGAGGCUUCUCUCAGCAAUAGGUUCAAGACGUAUGCCAACUUUCCAGAAGCACCUCAGGAGGAAGCUUCUCUCAGCAAUAGGCUCAAGACGUAUGCCAAAUUUCCAGAAGCACCUCAGGAGGAGGCUUCUCUCAACAAUAGGCUCAAGACAUAUGCCAACUUUCCAGAAGCACCUCAGGAGGAGGCUUCUCUCAGCAAUAGGCUCAAGACGUAUGCCAACUUUCCAGAAGCACCUCAGGAGGAGGCUUCUCUCAGCAAUAGGCUCAAGACGUAUGCCAAAUUUCCAGAAGCACCUCAGGAGGAGGCUUCUCUCAGCAAUAGGUUCAAGACGUAUGCCAACUUUCCAGAAGCACCUCAGGAGGAGGCUUCUCUCAGCAAUAGGCUCAAGACGUAUGCCAACUUUCCAGAAGCACCUCAGGAGGAGGCUUCUCUCAGCAAUAGGCUCAAGACAUAUGCCAACUUUCCAGAAGCACCUCAGGAGGAGGCUUCUCUCAGCAAUAGGCUCAAGACGUAUGCCAACUUUCCAGAAGCACCUCAGGAGGAGGCUUCUCUCAGCAAUAGGCUCAAGACGUAUGCCAAAUUUCCAGAAGCACCUCAGGAGGAGGCUUCUCUCAGCAGUAGGCUCAAGACGUAUGCCAACUUUCCAGAAGCACCUCAGGCGGAGGCUUCUCUCAGCAAUAGGCUCAAGACGUAUGCCAACUUUCCAGAAGCACCUCAGGAGGAGGCUUCUCUCAGCAAUAGGCUCAAGACGUAUGCCAACUUUCCAGAAGCACCUCAGGCGGAGGCUUCUCUCAGCAAUAGGCUCAAGACGUAUGCCAACUUUCCAGAAGCACCUCAGGAGGAGGCUUCUCUCAGCAAUAGGCUCAAGACGUAUGCCAACUUUCCAGAAGCACCUCAGGCGGAGGCUUCUCUCAGCAAUAGGAUCAAGACGUAUGCCAACUUUCCAGAAGCACCUCAGGCGGAGGCUUCUCUAAGCAAUAGGGUCAAGACGUAUGCCAACUUUCCAGAAGCACCUCAGGAGGAGGCUUCUCUCAGCAAUAGGCUCAAGAAGUAUGCCAACUUUCCAGAAGCACCUCAGGAGGAGGCUUCUCUCAGCAAUAGGCUCAAGACGUAUGCCAACUUCCCAGAAGCACCUCAGGAGGAGGCUUCUCUCAGCGAUAGGCUCAAGACGUAUGCCAACUUUCCAGAAGCACCUCAGGAGGAGGCUUCUCUCAGCAAUAGGCUCAAGACAUAUGCCAACUUUCCAGAAGCACCUCAGGAGGAGGCUUCUCUCAGCAAUAGGCUCAAGACGUAUGCCAACUUUCCAGAAGCACCUCAGGAGGAGGCUUCUCUCAGCAAUAGGCUCAAGACGUAUGCCAACUUCCCAGAAGCACCUCAGGAGGAGGCUUCUCUCAGCGAUAGGCUCAAGACGUAUGCCAACUUUCCAGAAGCACCUCAGGAGGAGGCUUCUCUCAGCAAUAGGCUCAAGACGUAUGCCAACUUUCCAGAAGCACCUCAGGAGGAGGCUUCUCUCAGCAAUAGGCUCAAGACAUAUGCCAACUUUCCAGAAGCACCUCAGGAGGAGGCUUCUCUCAGCAAUAGGCUCAAGACGUAUGCCAACUUUCCAGAAGCACCUCAGGAGGAGGCUUCUCUCAGCAAUAGGCUCAAGACAUAUGCCAACUUUCCAGAAGCACCUCAGGAGGAGGCUUCUCUCAGCAAUAGGCUCAAGACGUAUGCCAACUUCCCAGAAGCACCUCAGGAGGAGGCUUCUCUCAGCAAUAGGCUCAAGACGUAUGCCAACUUUCCAGAAGCACCUCAGGAGGAGGCUUCUCUCAGCAAUAGGCUCAAGACGUAUGCCAACUUUCCAGAAGCACCUCAGGAGGAGGCUUCUCUCAGCAAUAGGCUCAAGACGUAUGCCGACUUUCCAGAAGCACCUCAGGAGGAGGCUUCUCUCAGCAAUAGGCUCAAGACGUAUGCCAACUUUCCAGAAGCACCUCAGGAGGAGGCUUCUCUCAGCAAUAGGCUCAAGACGUAUGCCAACUUUCCAGAAGCACCUCAGGAGGAGGCUUCUCUCAGCAAUAGGCUCAAGAUGUAUGCCAACUUUCCAGAAGCACCUCAGGAGGAGGCUUCUCUCAGCAAUAGGCUCAAGACGUAUGCCAACUUUCCAGAAGCACCUCAGGAGGAGGCUUCUCUCAGCAAUAGGCUCAAGACAUAUGCCAACUUUCCAGAAGCACCUCAGGAGGAGGCUUCUCUCAGCAAUAGGCUCAAGACGUAUGCCAAAUUUCCAGAAGCACCUCAGGAGGAGGCUUCUCUCAACAAUAGGCUCAAGACGUAUGCCAACUUUCCAGAAGCACCUCAGGUGGAGGCUUCUCUCAGCAAUAGGCUCAAGACGUAUGCCAAAUUUCCAGAAGCACCUCAGGAGGAGGCUUCUCUCAACAAUAGGCUCAAGACGUAUGGCAACUUUCCAGAAGCACCUCAGGAGGAGGCUUCUCUCAGCAAUAGGUUCAAGACGUAUGCCAACUUUCCAGAAGCACCUCAGGAGGAGGCUUCUCUCAGCAAUAGGCUCAAGACGUAUGCCAACUUUCCAGAAGCACGUCAGGAGGAGGAUUCUCUCAAAAAUAGGCUCAAGACAUAUGCCAACUUUCCAGAAGCACCUCAGGAGGAGGCUUCUCUCAGCAAUAGGUUCAAGACGUAUGCCAACUUUCCAGAAGCACCUCAGGAGGAGGCUUCUCUCAGCAAUAGGCUCAAGACAUAUGCCAACUUUCCAGAAGCACCUCAGGAGGAGGCUUCUCUCAGCAAUAGGCUCAAGACGUAUGCCAAAUUUCCAGAAGCACCUCAGGAGGAGGCUUCUCUCAACAAUAGGCUCAAGACGUAUGGCAACUUUCCAAAAGCACCUCAGGAGGAGGCUUCUCUCAGCAAUAGGUUCAAGACGUAUGCCAACUUUCCAGAAGCACCUCAGGAGGAGGCUUCUCUCAGCAAUAGGCUCAAGACGUAUGCCAAAUUUCCAGAAGCACCUCAGGAGGAGGCUUCUCUCAACAAUAGGCUCAAGACGUAUGCCAACUUUCCAGAAGCACCUCAGGAGGAGGCUUCUCUCAGCAAUAGGCUCAAGACAUAUGCCAACUUUCCAGAAGCACCUCAGGAGGAGGCUUCUCUCAGCAAUAGGCUCAAGACGUAUGCCAACUUCCCAGAAGCACCUCAGGAGGAGGCUUCUCUCAGCAAUAGGCUCAAGACGUAUGCCAACUUUCCAGAAGCACCUCAGGAGGAGGCUUCUCUCAGCAAUAGGCUCAAGACGUAUGCCAACUUUCCAGAAGCACCUCAGGAGGAGGCUUCUCUCAGCAAUAGGCUCAAGACAUAUGCCAACUUUCCAGAAGCACCUCAGGAGGAGGCUUCUCUCAGCAAUAGGCUCAAGACGUAUGCCAACUUCCCAGAAGCACCUCAGGAGGAGGCUUCUCUCAGCAAUAGGCUCAAGACGUAUGCCAACUUUCCAGAAGCACCUCAGGAGGAGGCUUCUCUCAGCAAUAGGCUCAAGACGUAUGCCAACUUUCCAGAAGCACCUCAGGAGGAGGCUUCUCUCAGCAAUAGGCUCAAGACGUAUGCCGACUUUCCAGAAGCACCUCAGGAGGAGGCUUCUCUCAGCAAUAGGCUCAAGACGUAUGCCAACUUUCCAGAAGCACCUCAGGAGGAGGCUUCUCUCAGCAAUAGGCUCAAGACGUAUGCCAACUUUCCAGAAGCACCUCAGGAGGAGGCUUCUCUCAGCAAUAGGCUCAAGACGUAUGCCAACUUUCCAGAAGCACCUCAGGAGGAGGCUUCUGUCAGCAAUAGGCUCAAGACAUAUGCCAACUUUCCAGAAGCACCUCAGGAGGAGGCUUCUGUCAGCAAUAGGCUCAAGACGUAUGCCAACUUUCCAGAAGCACCUCAGGAGGAGGCUUCUCUCAGCAAUAGGCUCAAGAUGUAUGCCAACUUUCCAGAAGCACCUCAGGAGGAGGCUUCUCUCAGCAAUAGGCUCAAGACGUAUGCCAACUUUCCAGAAGCACCUCAGGAGGAGGCUUCUCUCAGCAAUAGGCUCAAGACAUAUGCCAACUUUCCAGAAGCACCUCAGGAGGAGGCUUCUCUCAGCAAUAGGCUCAAGACGUAUGCCAAAUUUCCAGAAGCACCUCAGGAGGAGGCUUCUCUCAACAAUAGGCUCAAGACGUAUGCCAACUUUCCAGAAGCACCUCAGGAGGAGGCUUCUCUCAGCAAUAGGCUCAAGACGUAUGGCAACUUUCCAGAAGCACCUCAGGAGGAGGCUUCUCUCAGCAAUAGGUUCAAGACGUAUGCCAACUUUCCAGAAGCACCUCAGGAGGAGGCUUCUCUCAGCAAUAGGCUCAAGACGUAUGCCAACUUUCCAGAAGCACGUCAGGAGGAGGAUUCUCUCAAAAAUAGGCUCAAGACAUAUGCCAACUUUCCAGAAGCACCUCAGGAGGAGGCUUCUCUCAGCAAUAGGCUCAAGACGUAUGCCAAAUUUCCAGAAGCACCUCAGGAGGAGGCUUCUCUCAACAAUAGGCUCAAGACAUAUGCCAACUUUCCAGAAGCACCUCAGGAGGAGGCUUCUCUCAGCAAUAGGCUCAAGACGUAUGCCAAAUUUCCAGAAGCACCUCAGGAGGAGGCUUCUCUCAACAAUAGGCUCAAGACGUAUGGCAACUUUCCAAAAGCACCUCAGGAGGAGGCUUCUCUCAGCAAUAGGUUCAAGACGUAUGCCAACUUUCCAGAAGCACCUCAGGAGGAGGCUUCUCUCAGCAAUAGGCUCAAGACGUAUGCCAAAUUUCCAGAAGCACCUCAGGAGGAGGCUUCUCUCAACAAUAGGCUCAAGACAUAUGCCAACUUUCCAGAAGCACCUCAGGAGGAGGCUUCUCUCAGCAAUAGGCUCAAGACGUAUGCCAACUUUCCAGAAGCACCUCAGGAGGAGGCUUCUGUCAGCAAUAGGCUCAAGACAUAUGCCAACUUUCCAGAAGCACCUCAGGAGGAGGCUUCUGUCAGCAAUAGGCUCAAGACGUAUGCCAACUUUCCAGAAGCACCUCAGGAGGAGGCUUCUCUCAGCAAUAGGCUCAAGAUGUAUGCCAACUUUCCAGAAGCACCUCAGGAGGAGGCUUCUCUCAGCAAUAGGCUCAAGACGUAUGCCAACUUUCCAGAAGCACCUCAGGAGGAGGCUUCUGUCAGCAAUAGGCUCAAGACAUAUGCCAACUUUCCAGAAGCACCUCAGGAGGAGGCUUCUGUCAGCAAUAGGCUCAAGACGUAUGCCAACUUUCCAGAAGCACCUCAGGAGGAGGCUUCUCUCAGCAAUAGGCUCAAGAUGUAUGCCAACUUUCCAGAAGCACCUCAGGAGGAGGCUUCUCUCAGCAAUAGGCUCAAGAUGUAUGCCAACUUUCCAGAAGCACCUCAGGAGGAGGCUUCUCUCAGCAAUAGGCUCAAGACGUAUGCCAACUUUCCAGAAGCACCUCAGGAGGAGGCUUCUCUCAGCAAUAGGCUCAAGACGUAUGCCAAAUUUCCAGAAGCACCUCAGGAGGAGGCUUCUCUCAACAAUAGGCUCAAGACAUAUGCCAAAUUUCCAGAAGCACCUCAGGAGGAGGCUUCUCUCAACAAUAGGCUCAAGACGUAUGGCAACUUUCCAGAAGCACCUCAGGAGGAGGCUUCUCUCAGCAAUAGGUUCAAGACGUAUGCCAACUUUCCAGAAGCACCUCAGGAGGAGGCUUCUCUCAGCAAUAGGCUCAAGACGUAUGCCAACUUUCCAGAAGCACGUCAGGAGGAGGAUUCUCUCAAAAAUAGGCUCAAGACAUAUGCCAACUUUCCAGAAGCACCUCAGGAGGAGGCUUCUCUCAGCAAUAGGCUCAAGACAUAUGCCAACUUUCCAGAAGCACCUCAGGAGGAGGCUUCUCUCAGCAAUAGGCUCAAGACGUAUGCCAAAUUUCCAGAAGCACCUCAGGAGGAGGCUUCUCUCAACAAUAGGCUCAAGACGUAUGGCAACUUUCCAAAAGCACCUCAGGAGGAGGCUUCUCUCAGCAAUAGGUUCAAGACGUAUGCCAACUUUCCAGAAGCACCUCAGGAGGAGGCUUCUCUCAGCAAUAGGCUCAAGACGUAUGCCAAAUUUCCAGAAGCACCUCAGGAGGAGGCUUCUCUCAACAAUAGGCUCAAGACGUAUGGCAACUUUCCAAAAGCACCUCAGGAGGAGGCUUCUCUCAGCAAUAGGCUCAAGACGUAUGGCAACUUUCCAGAAGCACCUCAGGAGGAGGCUACUCUCAGCAAUAGGCUCAAGACGUAUGCCAACUUUCCAGAAGCACCUCAGGCGGAGGCUUCUCUCAGCAAUAGGCUCAAGACGUAUGCCAACUUUCCAGAAGCACCUCAGGAGGAGGCUUCUCUCAGCAAUAGGCUCAAGACGUAUGCCAACUUUCCAGAAGCACCUCAGGAGGAGGCUUCUUUCAGCAAUAGGCUCAAGACGUAUGCCAACUUUCCAGAAGCAACUCAGGCGGAGGCUUCUCUCAGCAAUAGGCUCAAGACGUAUGCCAACUUUCCAGAAGCACCUCAGGAGGAGGCUUCUCUCAGCAAUAGGCUCAAGACAUAUGCCAACUUUCCAGAAGCACCUCAGGAGGAGGCUUCUGUCAGCAAUAGGCUCAAGACGUAUGCCAACUUUCCAGAAGCACCUCAGGAGGAGGCUUCUCUCAGCAAUAGGCUCAAGAUGUAUGCCAACUUUCCAGAAGCACCUCAGGAGGAGGCUUCUCUCAGCAAUAGGCUCAAGAUGUAUGCCAACUUUCCAGAAGCACCUCAGGAGGAGGCUUCUCUCAGCAAUAGGCUCAAGAUGUAUGCCAAAUUUCCAGAAGCACCUCAGGAGGAGGCUUCUCUCAGCAAUAGGCUCAAGAUGUAUGCCAAAUUUCCAGAAGCACCUCAGGAGGAGGCUUCUCUCAGCAAUAGGCUCAAGACGUAUGCCAAAUUUCCAGAAGCACCUCAGGAGGAGGCUUCUCUCAGCAAUGGGUUCAAGACGUAUGCCAACUUUCCAGAAGCACCUCAGGAGGAGGCUUCUCUCAGCAAUAGGCUCAAGACGUAUGCCAACUUUCCAGAAGCACGUCAGGAGGAGGCUUCUCUCAGCAAUAGGCUCAAGACAUAUGCCAACUUUCCAGAAGCACCUCAGGAGGAGGCUUCUCUCAUCAAUAGGUUCAAGACGUAUGCCAACUUUCCAGAAGCACCUCUGAAGGAGGCUUCUCUCAGCAAUAGGCUCAAGACGUAUGCCAACUUUCCAGAAGCACCUCAGGAGGAGGCUUCUCUCAGCAAUAGGUUCAAGACGUAUGCCAACUUUCCAGAAGCACCUCAGGAGGAGGCUUCUCUCAGCAAUAGGCUCAAGACGUAUGCCAAAUUUCCAGAAGCACCUCAGGAGGAGGCUUCUCUCAGCAAUAGGCUCAAGACGUAUGCCAACUUUCCAGAAGCACCUCAGGAGGAGGCUUCUCUCAGCAAUAGGUUCAGGACGUAUGCCAACUUUCCAGAAGCACCUCAGGAGGAGGCUUCUCUCAGCAAUAGGUUCAAGACGUAUGCCAACUUUCCAGAAGCACCUCAGGAGGAGGCUUCUCUCAGCAAUAGGCUCAAGACGUAUGCCAACUUUCCAGAAGCACCUCAGGCGGAGGCUUCUCGCAGCAAUAGGUUCAAGACGUAUGCCAACUUUCCAGAAGCACCUCAGGAGGAGGCUUCUCUCAGCAAUAGGCUCAAGACGUAUGCCAAAUUUCCAGAAGCACCUCAGGAGGAGGCUUCUCUCAGCAAUAGGCUCAAGACGUAUGCCAAAUUUCCAGAAGCACCUCAGGAGGAGGCUUCUCUCAGCAAUAGGCUCAAGACGUAUGCCAAAUUUCCAGAAGCACCUCAGGAGGAGGCUUCUCUCAGCAAUAGGCUCAAGACGUAUGCCAACUUUCCAGAAGCACCUCAGGAGGAGGCUUCUCUCAGCAAUAGGCUCAAGACGUAUGCCAAAUUUCCAGAAGCACCUCAGGAGGAGGCUUCUCUCAGCAAUAGGCUCAAGACGUAUGCCAACUUUCCAGAAGCACCUCAGGAGGAGGCUUCUCUCAGCAAUAGGCUCAAGACGUAUGCCAACUUUCCAGAAGCACCUCAGGAGGAGGCUUCUCUCAGCAAUAGGCUCAAGACGUAUGCCAAAUUUCCAGAAGCACCUCAGGAGGAGGCUUCUCUCAGCAAUAGGCUCAAGACGCAUGCCAACUUUCCAGAAGCACCUCAGGAGGAGGCUGCUCUCAGCAAUAGGCUCAAGACGUAUGCCAACUUUCCAGAAGCACCUCAGGAGGAGGCUUCUCUCAGCAAUAGGCUCAAGACGUAUGCCAAAUUUCCAGAAGCACCUCAGGAGGAGGCUUCUCUCAGCAAUAGGCUCAAGACGCAUGCCAACUUUCCAGAAGCACCUCAGGAGGAGGCUGCUCUCAGCAAUAGGCUCAAGACGUAUCCCAACUUUCCAGAAGCACCUCAGGAGGAGGCUUCUCUCAGCAAUAGGCUCAAGACGUAUGCCAAAUUUCCAGAAGCACCUCAGGAGGAGGCUUCUCUCAGCAAUAGGCUCAAGACGUAUGCCAAAUUUCCAGAAGCACCUCAGGAGGAGGCUUCUCUCAGCAAUAGGUUCAAGACGUAUGCCAACUUUCCAGAAGCACCUCAGGAGGAGGCUUCUCUCAGCAAUAGGCUCAAGACGUAUGCCAAAUUUCCAGAAGCACCUCAGGAGGAGGCUUCUCUCAGCAAUAGGCUCAAGACGUAUGCCAACUUUCCAGAAGCACCUCAGGAGGAGGCUUCUCUCAGCAAUAGGCUCAAGACGUAUGCCAACUUUCCAGAAGCACCUCAGGAGGAGGCUUCUCUCAGCAAUAGGCUCAAGACGUAUGCCAAAUUUCCAGAAGCACCUCAGGAGGAGGCUUCUCUCAGCAAUAGGCUCAAGACGUAUGCCAAAUUUCCAGAAGCACCUCAGGAGGAGGCUUCUCUCAGCAAUAGGCUCAAGACGUAUGCCAACUUUCCAGAAGCACCUCAGGCCGAGGCUUCUCUCAGCAAUAGGUUCAAGACGUAUGCCAACUUUCCAGAAGCACCUCAGGAGGAGGCUUCUCUCAGCAAUAGGCUCAAGACGUAUGCCAACUUUCCAGAAGCACCUCAGGCGGAGGCUUCUCUCAGCAAUAGGCUCAAGACGUAUGCCAAAUUUCCAGAAGCACCUCAGGAGGAGGCUUCUCUCAGCAAUAGGCUCAAGACGUAUGCCAACUUUCCAGAAGCACCUCAGGCCGAGGCUUCUCUCAGCAAUAGGUUCAAGACGUAUGCCAACUUUCCAGAAGCACCUCAGGAGGAGGCUUCUCUCAGCAAUAGGCUCAAGACGUAUGCCAACUUUCCAGAAGCACCUCAGGCGGAGGCUUCUCUCAGCAAUAGGCUCAAGACGUAUGCCAAAUUUCCAGAAGCACCUCAGGAGGAGGCUUCUCUCAGCAAUAGGCUCAAGACGUAUGCCAAAUUUCCAGAAGCACCUCAGGAGGAGGCUUCUCUCAGCAAUAGGCUCAAGACGUAUGCCAACUUUCCAGAAGCACCUCAGGAGGAGGCUUCUCUCAGCAAUAGGCUCAAGACGUAUGCCAAAUUUCCAGAAGCACCUCAGGAGGAGGCUUCUCUCAGCAAUAGGCUCAAGACGUAUGCCAACUUUCCAGAAGCACCUCAGGAGGAGGCUUCUCUCAGCAAUAGGCUCAAGACGUAUGCCAACUUUCCAGAAGCACCUCAGGAGGAGGCUUCUCUCAGCAAUAGGCUCAAGACGUAUGCCAACUUCCCAGAAGCACCUCAGGAGGAGGCUUCUCUCAGCAAUAGGCUCAAGACGUAUGCCAAAUUUCCAGAAGCACCUCAGGAGGAGGCUUCUCUCAGCAAUAGGCUCAAGACGUAUGCCAACUUUCCAGAAGCACCUCAGGAGGAGGCUUCUCUCAGCCAUAGGCUCAAGACGUAUGCCAACUUUCCAGAAGCACCUCAGGAGGAGGCUUCUCUCAGCAAUAGGAUCAAGACCUAUGCCAACUUCCCAGAAGCACCUCAGGAGGAGGCUUCUCUCAGCAAUAGGCUCAAGACGUAUGCCAACUUUCCAGAAGCACCUCAGGAGGAGGCUUCUCUCAGCAAUAGGCUCAAGACGUAUGCCAACUUUCCAGAACCACCUCAGGACGAGGCUUCUCUCAGCAAUAGGCUCAAGACGUAUGCCAACUUUCCAGAAGCACCUCAGGAGGAGGCUUCUCUCAGCAAUAGGCUCAAGACGUAUGCCAACUUUCCAGAAGCACCUCAGGAGGAGGCUUCUCUCAGCAAUAGGCUCAAGACUUAUGCCAACUUUCCAGAAGCACCUCAGGAGGAGGCUUCUCUCAGCCAUAGGCUCAAGACGUAUGCCAACUUUCCAGAAGCACCUCAGGAGGAGGCUUCUCUCAGCAAUAGGCUCAAGACGUAUGCCAACUUUCCAGAACCACCUCAGGAUGAGGCUUCUCUCAGCCAUAGGAUCAAGACCUAUGCCAACUUCCCAGAAGCACCUCAGGAGGAGGCUUCUCUCAGCAAUAGGCUCAAGACGUAUGCCAACUUUCCAGAACCACCUCAGGAUGAGGCUUCUCUCAGCCAUAGGAUCAAGACCUAUGCCAACUUCCCAGAAGCACCUCAGGAGGAGGCUUCUCUCAGCAAUAGGAUCAAGACCUAUGCCAACUUCCCAGAAGCACCUCAGGAGGAGGCUUCUCUCAGCAAUAGGCUCAAGACGUAUGCCAACUUUCCAGAAGCACCUCAGGAGGAGGAUUCUCUCAGCAAUAGGCUCAAGACGUAUGCCAACUUUCCAGAAGCACCUCAGGAGGAGGCUUCUCUCAGCAAUAGGCUCAAGACGUAUGCCAACUUUCCAGAAGCACCUCAGGAUGAGGCUUCUCUCCGACAUAGGCUCAAGACGUAUGCCUACUUUCCAGAAGCACCUCAGGAGGAGGCUUCUCUCAGCAAUAGGCUCAAGACGUAUGCCAACUUUCCAGAAGCACCUCAGGAUGAGGCUUCUCUCAGCAAUAGGCAACUCCAGAGAUGCCCCGAGAACACUGUCCCAAUUCUAGAGGAACACCAACUUCAGCACAGCAACUCGAGGAAUGCUCCGUGUACCCCAAAUCGUCUCGAGAUGAGAGCUGAUUCCUGGCUUAACCUCAAGACGUAUGCCAACUUCCCAGAAGCACCUCAGGAGGAGGCUUCUCUCAGCAAUAGGCUCAAGACGUAUGCCAACUUUCCAGAAGCACCUCAGGAGGAGGCUUCUCUCAGCAAUAGGCAACUCCAGAGAUGCCCCGAGAACACUGUCCCAAUUCUAGAGGAACACCAACUUCAGCACAGCAACUCGAGGAAUGCUCCGUGUACCCCAAAUCGUCUCGAGAUGAGAGCUGAUUCCUGGCUUAACCUCAAGACGUAUGCCAACUUCCCAGAAGCACCUCAGGAGGAGGCUUCUCUCAGCAAUAGGCUCAAGACGUAUGCCUACUUUCCAGAAGCACCUCAGGAGGAGGCUUCUCUCAGCAAUAGGCUCAAGACGUAUGCCAACUUUCCAGAAGCACCUCAGGAUGAGGCUUCUCUCAGCAAUAGGCAACUCCAGAGAUGCCCCGAGAACACUGUCCCAAUUCUAGAGGAACACCAACUUCAGCACAGCAACUCGAGGAAUGCUCCGUGUACCCCAAAUCGUCUCGAGAUGAGAGCUGAUUCCUGGCUUAACCUCAAGACGUAUGCCAACUUCCCAGAAGCACCUCAGGAGGAGGCUUCUCUCAGCAAUAGGCUCAAGACCUAUGCCAACUUCCCAGAAGCACCUCAGGAGGAGGCUUCUCUCAGCAAUAGGCAACUCCAGAGAUGCCCCGAGAACACUGUCCCAAUUCUAGAGGAACACCAACUUCAGCACAGCAACUCGAGGAAUGCUCCGUGUACCCCAAAUCGUCUCGAGAUGAGAGCUGAUUCCUGGCUUAAUCUCAAGACGUAUGCCAACUUCCCAGAAGCACCUCAGGAGGAGGCUUCUCUCAGCAAUAGGCUCAAGACCUAUGCCAACUUCCCAGAAGCACCUCAGGAGGAGGCUUCUCUCAGCAAUAGGCAACUCCAGAGAUGCCCCGAGAACACUGUCCCAAUUCUAGAGGAACACCAACUUCAGCACAGCAACUCGAGGAAUGCUCCGUGUACCCCAAAUCGUCUCGAGAUGAGAGCUGAUUCCUGGCUUAACCUCAAGACGUAUGCCAACUUCCCAGAAGCACCUCAGGAGGAGGCUUCUCUCAGCAAUAGGCUCAAGACGUAUGCCAACUUUCCAGAAGCACCUCAGGAGGAGGCUUCUCUCAGCAAUAGGCCACUCCAGAGAUGCCCCGAGAACACUGUCCCAAUUCUAGAGGAACACCAACUUCAGCACAGCAACUCGAGGAAUGCUCCGUGUACCCCAAAUCGUCUCGAGAUGAGAGCUGAUUCCUGGCUUAACCUCAAGACGUAUGCCAACUUCCCAGAAGCACCUCAGGAGGAGGCUUCUCUCAGCAAUAGGCUCAAGACUUAUGCCAACUUUCCAGAAGCACCUCAGGAGGAGGCUUCUCUCAGCAAUAGGCUCAAGACGUAUGCCAACUUUCCAGAAGCACCUCAGGAGGAGGCUUCUCUCAGCAAUAGGCUCAAGACUUAUGCCAACUUCCCAGAAGCACCUCAGGAGGAGGCUUCUCUCAGCAAUAGGCUCAAGACGUAUGCCAACUUUCCAGAAGCCCCUCAGGAGGAGGAUUCUCUCAGCAAUAGGCAACUCCAGAGAUGCCCCGAGAACACUGUCCCGAUUCUAGAGGAACACCAACUUCAGCACAGCAACUCGAGGAAUGCUCCGUGUACCCCAAAUCGUCUCGAGAUGAGAGCUGAUUCCUGGCUUAACCUCAAGACGUAUGCCAACUUCCCAGAAGCACCUCAGGAGGAGGCUUCUCUCAGCAAUAGGCUCAAGACGUAUGCCAACUUUCCAGAAGCACCUCAGGAGGAGGCUUCUCUCAGCAAUAGGCUCAAGACCUAUGCCAACUUCCCAGAAGCACCUCAGGAGGAGGCUUCUCUCAGCAAUAGGCAACUCCAGAGAUGCCCCGAGAACACUGUCCCGAUUCUAGAGGAACACCAACUUCAGCACAGCAACUCGAGGAAUGCUCCGUGUACCCCAAAUCGUCUCGAGAUGAGAGCUGAUUCCUGGCUUAACCUCAAGACGUAUGCCAACUUCCCAGAAGCACCUCAGGAGGAGGCUUCUCUCAGCAAUAGGCUCAAGACGUAUGCCAACUUUCCAGAAGCACCUCAGGAGGAGGCUUCUCUCAGCAAUAGGCUCAAGACGUAUGCCAACUUUCCAGAAGCACCUCAGGAGGAGGCUUCUCUCAGCAAUAGGCAACUCCAGAGAUGCCCCGAGAACACUGUCCCAAUUCUAGAGGAACACCAACUUCAGCACAGCAACUCGAGGAAUGCUCCGUGUACCCCAAAUCGUCUCGAGAUGAGAGCUGAUUCCUGGCUUAACCUCAAGACGUAUGCCAACUUCCCAGAAGCACCUCAGGAGGAGGCUUCUCUCAGCAAUAGGCAACUCCAGAGAUGCCCCGAGAACACUGUCCCGAUUCUAGAGGAACACCAACUUCAGCACAGCAACUCGAGGAAUGCUCCGUGUACCCCAAAUCGUCUCGAGAUGAGAGCUGAUUCCUGGCUUAACCUCAAGACGUAUGCCAACUUCCCAGAAGCACCUCAGGAGGAGGCUUCUCUCAGCAAUAG